AUGGACGAGGAAAACAAUAUGUAUGAUGACAUGGCAGAAGAUGAAAUUGAAAACCAAGCGUAUUCUGAUGAAGAACAGUUAGAAAACUUUUUUGAUGAUGACAGGCAAAAUUAUUCUGACGUAAAUGAAGAUGAAGAUAAUAUCAACGCUGAACUUAGUAGUGAAUCAGAUGUGGACAAGACUUUUGAAUUAGAGCCCACUGCAAUCUGUGACAAUAAUCUAAUAAAGACAAAUGAGUUAUCAAGACAUGUAAUUUCAUCAGCGGGCAAUAAUGUUGGAUUAGAGCCCACUCCAGUCACAACCAAGAAUAAAACAAAAGCAAAGGUAAUGUCAUCUGUGGGCAACACUGUUUCAUUAGAGACCACUCCAAUGAAUAAAAAAAUGCAAAUCACAUACAAUCGAGUCCAUAACACCAGUAAUUUCUGUAGACAAAGUUGUUGCAUCUGA